ACCAUGUAUGGAAGCAAGACAAACACAAUAAAACAACAAAAAAUGGCGCCCCUCAUCGCUGCUUCGGGCGGCUCCCGCCUCUUCUUCCUCUUCCCCUGCCACCUCAAUUCAUCGCCCGAACAUCCCAAGUUCGCAGCUUUGAAGCCCCGCUGCAGUCUCAAAGAGCAGGGCAGAAGCAGCACUCUGAGCCAGAAAUGGCCGCUCAUCUCCCUGUCGCUCUUCGGCUCUGGUUUCUUGCUGGGGCCCCUCAUCGACGGCCUCCAUUCUCGCGUCGGUCUCGUCGACUACCAAGCCGGCUCGAUCCAAUUGGGCCCCCUCCACACGAACAUCUGGGUUCCUCCAUUGUUGGGGCUGUUCUACUGUACGGUCGGCCUGCUCCAGCUCUACCUAGAUGAGAAGGCCGACACCGCUUCCGGUGUUGCAGAGGGAAGCUUGCAGAGAACAGUUGCCUCACUAGUGGCUUUGGUGCUUUUCAUUGAGUUGAGUGCUGAGCUGUAUAAAGCUGGAGUGCCGGAUAACAUCGAGGCUUACGUAUUAUUCGCUUUGGCGGAAUUCAUAUGGCUUUCAUUUGAUAGGACAAGAAUCGGUUUUGCACUCGCGUGCUUUGUGGGCAUCUGCUGCCCUCUUGCAGAAAUCCCAAUCAUGAAGUUCUUCCACCUCUGGUACUACCCGAGAGCAAACAUUGAGAUCUUCGGGGUUAGUGACUUGGACGAUCACGUGCUACUUUGUUUACACACCAUUUCUCAUCAAUUUGUCUCGGUGGCUCAAAUCAGUCUUUCGGACAGAGGAGCUCGAGUAGGCAGCAAAGGGGAAUGGGGACAACGGACGGAACUCGCAACGUGUUUUCAUAUGGCAGUUCCAUUCCGUUCUGCUUCGACUCUGUUAGCAAACCUUAUAGAUGUCUGGAGAAUUCUCUCUCAUAUUGCUCCACUUAACAAGCUACAACAUAUGUAAAAUCGAGUAGAUACAGGAACAUCGUCAUAUUGUGGAUUAAGCAAGAAGUUUGGGGCCGUUUGAAUUCAGAGUUAAAGUUACUUUGAUUUUAAUUUUAAUUUUGAUUGUGGAAAAGGACAAAUGAGAUGUGAUUAUAAAUUUGACUUGGGAAA